AUGCUGUACUCCACAACCUGCUGUGUUUUUCUGUCGUUGCAGGUGAUUUUCAAAGCCAAGUCAAAAUAUUCUCCAGAAUUACUCAAAUACCGGUUGCCCCUCUACCUGGCCUCGCUCCUCAUCAGCCUCAUUUUCCUGCUGGUAAAUUUAACCUGUGCCGUGCUGGUGAAGACAGGAAACUGGGAGAGGAAGGUUAUCGUGUCCGUGCGCGUGGCCAUCAACGACACGCUCUUCGUGCUGUGUGCCGUCUCCCUCUCCGUCUGUCUCUACAAGAUCUCCAAGAUGUCCUUAGCCAACAUUUACCUGGAGUCUAAGGGCUCCUCCGUGUGUCAAGUGACUGCCGUCGGUGUCACCGUGAUCCUUCUUUACACCUCUCGGGCCUGCUACAACCUGUUCAUCUUAUCAUUUUCUCAGAGCAAGAACGUCCACUCCUUUGAUUACGACUGGUACAAUGUGUCAGACCAGGCCGAUCUGAAGAAUCAACUGGGGGAUGCCGGAUACGUCCUCUUUGGAGUGGUGCUUUUUGUGUGGGAACUCUUACCCACCACCUUAGUCGUUUACUUCUUCCGAGUCAGAAAUCCUACAAAGGACCUGAGCAACCCUGGAAUGGUCCCCAGCCAUGGAUUCAGCCCCAGGUCUUAUUUCUUUGACAACCCUCGAAGAUACGACAGUGACGAUGACCUUGCCUGGAACAUUGCCCCUCAGGGGCUUCAGGGAAGUUUUGCUCCAGACUACUAUGACUGGGGACAACAAACUAACAGCUUCCUGGCACAAGCAGGAACUUUGCAACCAGACUCAACUUUGGAUCCUGACAAACCAAGUCAUGGGUAGCAUCAGUUAACAGUUUCAUGGAAGAUUCCUCAGUUGAAAAGCUUCAGAAAGACUUAAUGACAGCUGAAUUUUUAGGGCACUUUUCCUUAAGAAAUAGGACUUGAUUUUUGUUACAGGUUUCUAAUGGCUCAUAGGACUAAGCAGUAAUGUAGAUUGAUAAGCCUUUAUUUUAGUACUAAAAAGUGAGCCUGGCUAUUUCAGUGGGUAUAAUUUAAACUUUUUAAAGAAAAUCUGUACUUUUAUAAAGAUGUAUUUUAUAUAACUUAAAUAAUAAUGCUAAAGUAUACUAGGGUAUUUUCUUGAGAAUAUUAUUGCAAUAUAUGUUGUAGUUUGCACAAAUGUUUUUGCAUCAUUCACUUUAAAAGUAUAGAAUAUACGGUCUGAUAGUUUUUUAAGGCUCUUGGACUAAAAGCAUUCCUCAAAUCCUUACCUCUUCAGGUCACUGAAGGUCGCUCAGAUUCUGACUGUCUCAUUAGUAGACUCCUAAAAUACAAUGGACAUCUAAAAAGCUAACUGCAACUCCAGUGUUGAAAGUUAAAAUGAAAUGAACUAUCAGCAGACUGUAAGGUAGCAGUGGCUCUUCAGAGUUUUUUUUAAGGUCCAGAUGCUGCUGGUCCCUCAAAUAAUCUCUUCAAUUUUGCCAAAAGUCUGGUACGUCCUUGCAAUAUGGCACUAAUGUGCACGUCAGUGAUGUUAAAAAUGUAACUGAAUUAUAAUGUUAAACCUCCUCUGCUGUAUUCAGAAAUUUCACAUGGUUUUUUCAGCCCAGUGAAGUCUAAUAUCCAUUACCUCAGGGCUAUGACAAGACUACCCCUUCCCUGACUCAAGGGAAAAUAAGAGGUUCCAAAAUGGGCGUGAAUGAUAAAUACCCCAAGCUCUUGAGCUAAGACUGUGUGAAAUCAUAAUAAUUUUUUUCUGAAAUUUCCAACCAUACUUAAAAUAAUGCCCUUUAUUUUUAAACAGCUCUGUAAAUAGCCUAUUAAAAAGCUGCACAUUUAAAAUGGCAGAAGCAUUGUAACGGGCUACACAGCAUCACGCCUGUCUCCUAGCCAUGCAAAGGACAUGAUGCAGACAAUUGCUUAUGAGUCAUCUUCCAUUUAAGUAAAAAACGUGUUACAAAAUACUGCCUCCCUGACCAGAAGUGCCAUUCUGAAACCUCCACUGUAUUUACUCUGGAGCCUGUUGGGAAGUUAAGUACUCCAAUUUUCUGCAAAACAGAGAUAAGGUUCCAGAGGAAGUACUGUUCCCAGGGAGAAAGUAUGUUUCUGCCUGGGAGACGGUGGGAAAGAGGGAAGGGUGUAUCAAAUGGAAGUCCUACUGCGUCAUGCAUAAUGCGUGUCAAGUGACUCUUACUUCCCAUUUUGAUCUUCAGGUAUAAUUGAUCUCUUGGUGUUGAUUUCACAGAGAUCAAGUCUACUUCUGUUAUUUUGAUGAUAUUUAAAAUUGAGAUCCCAAGUUUCAAAUGUCACGAUUGGGUUUUUCAUUUGUAUAGAACACCUGUACCCUGCAUAAUCCCACAUAACCACAUUCUUGUCUUUCAGCACAUGGAAAAAUUUGGGUAGCAUAGCAUUUAAAGCAGAUACUUGUCAGGGAAAAUUCUACACUAAAGCAAACCCUGUAUUGUUUUAAAUGUUACAGAUUAUUCUAAAAAGCCCUAACAGACCCUACUGUGACCAUACUGUAUUACUAAUACUUGGGAGAAUUUAAAAGCAGACUCAGCAUAUGUUUUAAAUUCCUUUCAAAUUCCUUUCAAUCAAGUCUUCAAGAAGUUUUACUGUCCUUCAUUAUUAGGUCAGCUAAGGGUAGUUUUUUCUUUUUGACAUAUGGUGAUAAGAAUAUCACUAAAAUCAUGUGAUUAUACUCAACCUAUAAUAUGUAAACACCAUUAAUUCUGUUGUUACUGACAGAAAAACUGAACCAUCUAGCAUUAAUUAAUAAAGGUCAUCAUCUACUUUAUGAUGAAGCUACUAAUAUUUACUUGAACUAUUAUUUUUUUGUUGGAAAGGAUAACAAUGUUCCAAGUGCCUAUUUUUCUCUUCCUCCCUUUUAAAAACGGCAGUGCUAAAACUUUUUUAAAUGUUGUAAACAUAUUAGAAUAGAAAAAACUAUGAUUGUAUCAAACUGUCUUUCAUAGUAAAUGAUCAUGCAUGUAUACGCUGUGAAAUGUUGCAGGAAUGAUGUGGGGAGGAAAAUUAAAAUUCCCUUUAGUUUCCUAAUUUCCUUUUUCUGCUAGGUAUAUUACUGAUAACAAACUACUGUUUAUGUGGAUUAUCAAGUGCUGAGAGAGGUCAAGAAAUGGUGAUGACAAUGGUGAUGGCUGGCUUGAAAAUACCCAAAUGCCCUCUUAUUUUAAGGCAACAUGAUGAGAUGAGAACUUUGGCCCUUUUAAAGUUAAAAUUUGUACGGAGAAGAGGCAGUAUGCCUGAAAAUGAUGUAGCAUCAUUUACCUAAGUCUGAUGCAGCACUCAAAGGCUGCCUGUGAAUUCUGUGUGACUGUUGGAAUAGGUGUCUACCUCUGCAGCUGUCUAUAAAUGCCAGCUGAUUUGUG